AAAAACUGUCAAAUUGUAGAUGUAGGGAAAAACCCAUCUCAGACUCGGACUGAGACUCAGAGUCCACACCAAAAUAUGGAAACAGUUUCAGACGACCAACCAGAAACACCACCACAACACAAAGAAGAAGAAAAACACAACGAAAAACAAGUGCAAGAGGAAGAGGAAGAAGAAGAUGAUGAAGAAGAAGCAGAAAAGCAGAGCUUCCCAGAAACACCAUCCCCUUCUCCAACACCCUCCUCGACGCAUCAAACCUUUCUCGCUUAUGAAAUCACAGUCGCACCUGCAGACACCAAGCCGGCGUCGCCGCAGCUUGCGCCGCCCCAGUCCUUCAGGGCUGAGCCCAAGGUUGUGGGUCCCAAUUCCAGAGAUGGGUUUGAUGGGACCACGGCGGUUCGGGGAGAGAGUGGCGGUAGAAUCGGUGGUGGUUCGGGUGUAAAUAUUCCAACUUUGAGACCCAAGUUGUCGAUACUGAAGAGGUCGAGGAGGGAGAGCGUGGUGAGGAGGGCUUUGUUUGGGUUAAGGAUUUCUGGGUUUGCGUUGUGUUUGAUCUCUUUCUCUGUCAUGGCGGCUGACAAGAACCAGGGUUGGGCUUUAGAUUCCUUCUAUCGCUACAAGGAGUUCAGGUUCUGCUUGGCAGUGAAUGUGAUAGGAUUUGUGUAUUCGGGGCUGCAAACUUAUGAUUUAACUUAUUUCUUCACCAGUGGAAAGCAUGUAAUCCAGCACCAUCUCCGCUAUUACCUUGAUUUCUUGUUGGAUCAGAUUUUAACUUACCUUUUGAUGUCGGCGUCUUCUUCGGCUGCGAUUCGGGUUGACGACUGGGAGUCGAACUGGGGCAAAGAUAAGUUCCCGGAAAUGGCUUGUGCGUCCGUGGCAUUGUCCUUCCUUGCCUUCGUCGCCUUUGCCUCAAGCUCCCUCAUCUCUGGUUACACCCUUUGUACUCUAAAAUCCAUGUAGUUCUUCUUCAUACUUAGAUAUAGAUGGACGGUGAAAAAGUGAUGUACUUUUAUCUUAUAUAGAGAAAGCUAUGCUUGUGUUGCAUC